AUGGCCCCCGGGCCACCCAAUUUAGGGGAUAAUCGCUUUGCCAGCCUCAGCGUUAGCCCCAAAGCUAAGAAAAAAAGACCAUUUCAGAAACUACCAGUUGACUUCCCAGACCUCCCUGAAACACAGUGCAAGAAUCCGAGAUUCUUAAUAGUCUCAUCAAUAAACUCUCCGAAAACCAUAUCCGAGUAUAACUGCUUUGCCGUCCAUAGAGCCCUUAUGUAUAUCAGCAAAGACAUCAUAUCCAUCUCUAAUCUUCGCGAUGGUAGCCUUCUCCUGCUGGUCAACUCCAGGGAAAUUAGUGACAAAUUCACCAAAGUGACCUCUUUACCCGGCUUAUGCGAAAUCGAGUGCAAACUCCACAACACUCUUAACUUUGUCAAAGGCACCAUUUAUGCACCCUGCCUUAUUAACAUUCCAGAAAACGAAAUUGUUGAGGAACUAAAAUCUCAAAAUGUACACAGCGUCUUUAAGUUCACCAAAAUGAUCGACGGCACUCCCAAACCAUUUGGAAAAAUCCUCGUAACGUUUGACUGUUUUACUCUUCCCAGUAAACUAACCGUUUCCUGGCACACAGUUAAGGUUUCAGAAUAUAUACCCAACCCGAUGAGAUGUAAGUCUUGUCAAUUAUUGGGCCACACAUCAAAGCACUGCAAGAACUCAGCCGCCUGUGUAUCAUGCAAUCUUACCCCCCACCUUCCCGUGCCCUGCACUCGCAUUUUCUGUGCAAACUGCGCCGGCGGACACCCAGCUUCCUCACCCGAAUGUCCACAAUAUCAAACACAAAAACAACUUCUUCACAUCAAAACAAGCAAAAAAUUCAGUUUCCGUGAAGCUCGUACGAUCCUAAAUCAACAGCAAAACACAACAACUAACUCCAAGCCUACCUACUUGACCGUCGCAAGCCAGAACCCAGCACCCGCUGUUCUUAUCACAAAAACCCGAAACCCAGACGCGAUUACAAACACCGACUUGCCCACCAGCUCGGCAAAAGUACCAACUCCUCUCUCACCAACAUAUCCCACUUCUCGUGCCAACUCUUUGAAUCUCGAAGAGAAUCUUACUUCCUCACCAAGCAACUCUGCCAAAACUGAUUUCUCUUACUCUAGCCCAACUAGUAAACUAAAAAUAUGUAUGGAACGAUCUCGCGCCCUUAGGGAGGAAGCAAAUGCUCUAAUCGGACAAACCUACAACGACGACAACAAUAUAUCAAUGACCUCAAGAUCCAACUCAAACGAAUCAAUUGCUUCACACACCUCAAACCUACAAACAAUAAUCAACACAACAGACUCAGACGACACUAUGGAUGAUACCGACUCUUAG